CAUUUAAAAUAGAUUAUGAAAGGAAAAGACGGUUCUUUUCUCCAAUUGGUUCCUUUUAAGAUAUCACCACACGCGAUUCGGACAGUACCCAACACCGAAGAACUCAAUGAAUUUGUGGAUCGGAUGUUGAAGUCAGUGAAACAUGUAUCGAGCAGUCACAGUCCAAUAUUGAUUAAUGGUUUGUAUAAGCAUUUUGCAAGAUGGGUUUAUAACCAAAGUAUUUCGGGGAUCUUCCAAACAAACGGUGGGAUUAUGUGGAACUUUACAAAUAUGUCCAGAAUUGGAGAUGCGUACAUUUACACAAACGAAGAAGAUAACGUUCAAGUUGUGGCAAAGUUUCAAAUGCCUCCACUUCGCUUCAGGUACCAUCGCUAUGACCUAAUCUUUGGGAAGUUGUAUGAGACAGGGAGUGUUGAUGCGGCUGUCGAUAUACACAGCGUGGAUGUAAGUUUCACAGUAAAUGUGAAGCAGAAUAUCUCGAUACCGCCUCUGUUCGUGUGCCGAGGCGAAGUGGAUGACUGGUCGCUAAGAGUCGGACAGGUUCACUACACACUCCCGGGACUUAAGGGAAACCCAACCUUCCUCACCACAGUGUAUGGCUGGCUCACUGACCACUUUGUGUCCAAUGUCCAACCACAGCUGGAGACCCUUCUGUCACUGUACCUUGAGACCGCUAUUGCACGAGACGAUCUCAUAUGUUCCCUCCUUGUGCUCUGCAAUUCUUGCUCAUAUUAUGCUGCUGAUUAUUGAUCGUUUUCAGUUUGAACGGAUUUCAAUCUCUGUGUAAUUUGGUUUAUUAGUUAUCAUCAAUGUCUGUGAUCAAAAUCUAAUAAAGUAACAGAUAAAAUACAAAUAAUGUUACAUAUACUGUCGAAGAGACUUGGCUGGCCACAUAUAGGACAAGUGUAUUGCUUUAGAUAUCUCGUGUAUUGCAGGCACUAGUUUUGGUUUGAUCAAGAAUAGCCUCAGAUUUGCAUGAUCGAUUUUACAAACACGUUUUAUACUAACAACUUAUUUUUAAAAAGGUUUUGAAAAGUCUAGGUUUUAUCUACUGGCUUAGUGACUAUAUAUUUUUUGUAAAACCUAAGUACUCAUACGCUCGUAUAUUACAAGAUGUAAGAUUUUAAAUUGAUAUUUGUAUGUUCAGUUAGUGUCAAAACUCCUCUCAUGAACUAGUUAGUACCCAAGACAUUCAGAGGCAUGCAAAAAGUAUAUUUUUCAAUAUAAACUAAUAACAUGAUAAAUUUAUUUACAUAAAAAUUUCAUUUCUUUCUCUGUAUUUAACAUAGAAUCAUAUUCUCAACAUUUUUCUCAUUUAGAAUCGACAUUAAUGUGCAGUUGAUAAGUAUUAGUGUAGGUAAUAAAUAAUCUUCUCUUAUGUAGAUAUGUAGUGAUACAUUCCAUAAUAACUGUGAGACAACAUUUACACCAUUAAAGCUGCUGAUAGGUAGACUUACCUUUAAUACAUGUAGAAAACAAACACAAGCAGUCAAUGGUUAUUAUCAAUAAUAUCAAUUUGUGGCCAUAUAGAAGAUAAAAUUAUAAAAAUCUUCUUUGACAUGGAUUAUUUUCAGACAUUACCACCAAGAAGAAAUUCCGUUACCUUCAAUAUCCUUCCAUCACAAAAAAACAAAUUUAACUAUAUACAUGGGUUGUUACACAACACAGUUUUAGCAACGAUUACUUGCUUGACUUACCAGCAUUUAUCAGGUACUGCAUGAUGGCGUCUGCCUUCUCCUUGGUCUCGAAGCUGGCCAACUGCAGGCCGAUGGAGCGACAGUACUGGUAGGCCAGGAAGUAGUUGAGCUCUGGAGAGUAGGGGUUCAUCCUGCUAAUGAAGUACUGCGUUCCAUCCAGCUGUAUUGUUGUGAUUCUCUGGCCUGCAAUAAAUAGGACGAUUUACACUUAGAAACAAAUUUAUUAUUAUUUCUUUUUAUACAUUGAGGAACUGUUUUUCAAACAAUGUUCCAACUGAAUGCAUCAGAAUUAUCAAUCACACUACUUGCAGUUUUGUAGGUUUAUAGUUAUUUAGGGAAUUUAUAGUUAUAUAGAAAUUUUAAAAUUAUAGAAUUAGUCGAAAACUUUAAAUAUUUAUUUUUAGUUACUCAUUUCAUUUAUUCAUCUGUAGGUUAUUUAAAGCAGAUGAGAUGAAAUUUGGUAUUGAAAAAAACUGAUAAUUCUAAAGUUUUUGCAUAGAAACCAUUAGUAAAAUAUUUCCUAGACAUGUUUUGAAUUACAUUUCUUUCAGAUAGUUUGUAGUAGUUGAUUUGACUAUUUAAGUCAAACUUAGAACAAAGGAAAAGCAUUUAAACUAUUUUGCAAUCAUAAUUAAAUCUGCAGAUACAUUUAUGACCUGAGAUUAAAGAUUCUUCACCAGUUUUAGUUUGUGGCAAUCAAGACAUAUGAAAAUGUGGAUUUUUGACCAUCGGUUGUUUUGACUUUUUACUUCAAAUAUGUCAUAGAAGUUGUUUUUAAAUUUGUCAUCCUUUUAUUGUAAGAAACAACAAUUUUACGGGCUGAUUGUAACAUGUUUUCAUUUAUUUAAGUAUAUGAAUAAUAAUUAUUUAUUUAAAAUCUA